UUUAUUGUUUUAAUAAAUUCAAAAAAUUAAGUACAUAAACUCGAUGAAGUUCAUAUUUUUUUUAUAAUAAGUCAAAAUUCAAUCAAAACUAACUAUGCGUCGAAGUUUAGCACCAAGUCAAGUUAAUAAACGGCCUUUAAGUAAUUCAAAUCAAUCUAAAAGGGUUUGUAUGAAGUAUAAUGGUGAAUCACCAAAUUCUGAAAAUAAUUUAAAAGAAGAUGAAAAAUCUCCAAUUUUUCCUAAAACACUUUCUAUUUAUGAGCAAAAUAUAAGAAAUAUAUUGUCAAAGCCUUUUAAAGUACCCAUAGCAAAUUGGACGGGUAGCAGUUUUAGUAGAGCUUUAGGUGUUCGUCGUGAUGGUAUCCGUCGCCCUUUACAUGACCCUACUGAUCCUGACGCCCUUAUUUUAUAUAUUCCUCCACAAAUUAGUGCUCAUGAUAUUUUAAAAAUGGAUAAGAAUAAAAUACUUGUGCAUGUUGUUGUUGAUCCAGCUUUAUCAAAAAUACUUAGACCACAUCAAAGAGAAGGUGUGAAGUUUAUGUAUGAAUGUGUUACUGGAGUACGUAUAGAAAAUUCAUAUGGAUGCAUUAUGGCAGAUGAAAUGGGAUUGGGUAAAACUUUACAAUGCAUUACCUUAAUGUGGACUCUUUUGAAACAAAGUCCAGAAGCUUCUCCAACUAUUUAUAAAGCCAUUAUUGUUACUCCUAGUUCUUUAGUAAAGAACUGGUGUAAUGAAAUAAAAAAAUGGCUUGGUGGUCGCAUUGGAGCUUUACCUGUGGAUGGAGGAGGCAAGGAACAAGUUGAUAAGCUUAUAACUGGAUUCGUUCAAGCUAGAGGACGCCGAACUGUUGAUCCAAUAUUAGUUAUAUCAUAUGAAACUUUUCGUAGUCAUGCAAGUUUAUUACAAAAUGCAGAAGAUAUUGGUCUUGUUUUAUGUGACGAAGGACAUAGGUUAAAAAAUUGUGAAAACCAAACUUACCGAUCAUUAAUGGCUUUAAAAGCAAAACGAAGAGUUUUAUUAUCAGGCACACCAAUUCAAAAUGAUUUACUUGAGUAUUUCAGUCUUGUUCAUUUUGUUAAUGAAGGUAUUUUAGGAACUGCCCAAGAAUUUCGUCGUCAAUAUGAAACUCCUAUUGUGCGAGGUCAAGAUUCUUGUGCAACAGAUUCAGAACGCAAAAAAGCUGCAGAACGUUUAGAACAAUUGAUUACACUAGUUAAUAGAUGUUUAAUAAGGCGUACAUCAGCAUUACUUGCUAAAUAUUUGCCUGUUAAAACUGAGCAUGUUGUAUGCAUAAAAUUGACUUCUUUGCAAACUGAUUUAUAUCUACAUCUUCUCAAAUCUGAUAUGGUUACAAAAUCAAUAAAAAGCAAUGAUGGAAAAGUUACUAGUAAUGCAUUAGCUGCUAUUACAUUACUUAAAAAAUUAUGUGCUCAUCCGGACCUUAUUAUUGAUAAAAUUAUGUCUGGAUCUGAUGGAUUUGAAAAUUCUAAACAUUUGCUACCUCUGUCAUAUAUUGAAGCUCAUUCUAAAAAAAAACUUAUAAUUGAGUUAUCAUCUAAAUUAAUGGUACUUGACACAAUGUUAGCUGUUAUAAAAACAACUACCACUGAUCGUGUUGUUUUAAUUUCUAAUUAUACUCAAACAUUAGAAUUAUUUGAAAGACUUGCCCAAUUACGAAACUAUUCAUUUGUUAGAUUAGAUGGAUCUAUGACUGCGAAAAAAAGAGCAAAAGCUGUAGAUGAUAUUAAUAGCCCAACUAGUGGUACAUUUUUGUUUAUGUUGAGUUCAAAAGCUGGAGGGUGUGGUUUAAAUUUGAUUGGUGCAAAUAGGUUAGUAAUGUUUGAUCCAGAUUGGAAUCCAGCUAAUGAUGAUCAAGCAAUGGCUAGAGUAUGGAGAGAUGGCCAAAAAAAACCAUGUUUUGUGUAUCGAUUUUUAGCGACCGGUUCAAUAGAAGAAAAAAUUAUGCAAAGACAAGCACACAAAAAAGCUCUUAGUUCUAGUGUAGUUGACUGUGAAGAAGAUGUUGCUAGACAUUUCACUGUUUCAGAACUACGUACAUUAUUUAAUCUUCGGCAAGAUACUAUUAGUGAUACUCAUGACAAAAUAAAAUGUAUACGUUGUGUUAAUAAUAUUCAAACAAAAAUACCACCAGUAGAUAGUGAUUGUACAAACGAUUUAUCUUGUUGGCAUCAUUGUGCAGACAAACGAUGGCUUGUAGAUCCAGUAUUAAAACAAUGUUGGCAUGCAGGAAUCAGUAUGGUAUUUUAUCAACAUUCUACAGUUCAUAAAGAGAAAUCGAUUGUAGAAGAAAACAAUGAUAAAGUUGAUGACGAAGAAGAAGAAAAAAGUAGUAUAACUUAAAAAAUGUUAUACUAAUACAUGUAUGUGCCUAAACAUUUACGAUAUUAAAUUUUAAAUUAUUUAAAAUUUAUUUAUAAAUUAUUAAAUAUAUACUA